GGAGCGCGCAGGGAAGGGGCGGAGCUCGGCGCGGGGCUCGCGAGCUGGCGGCUCGGGCUCGGUUCCGUGCAUUGGGUCGCGCUGGGCUCCGCGGAGCAGGCGGGGGUCGAGCGCCGCUGCAGGGGCAGGAUGGCUGCUCGCCUGGCCGCGCUCCUGUCUCUGCUCCCGCUGCUCCUCCUCAGCCAGGGGCCGGCGGGGACCGUCUGCAACCGGCACGCCGUGUACUGGAAUGGCUCCAACCCGCACCUGCACCGGGAGGGCUACACGGUGCAGGUGAACGUCAACGACUACCUGGACAUCUACUGCCCGCACUACAAUGACUCGGUGCCCGUGCGCAGGACGGAGCAGUACGUGCUCUACAUGGUGAACGCGGAGGGCUACCACGCCUGCAACGCCAGCCGGGGCUUCAAGCGCUGGGAGUGCAACCGCCCCCACGCGCCCCACAGCCCCAUCAAGUUCUCCGAGAAGUUCCAACGCUACAGUGCUUUCUCGCUGGGCUACGAGUUCCACGCCGGCCAGGAGUACUACUACGUCUCAACCCCGACGCACAAUCACCGCCGGGCCUGUCUGAAGAUGAAGGUGUUUGUGUGCUGUGCCUCCACCUCGCACUCCGGGGAGAAGUCGGUGCCCACCCUCCCGCAGUUCACCAUGGGGCCCGAGGUGAAGAUUGAGGACUUGGAUAACUUUAACCCUGAGAACCCCAAGCUGGAGAAGAGCAUCAGCGGCACCAGCCCCAAACGGGAACACCUGCCGCUGGCCGUGGCCGCUGCGUUUUUCCUAAUGUCGCUCUUGGCCUCCUAGCCUGGUGUCGGCCGGCCUGGGGGCCUGGGCGCGGCUCCGCACAGCAGCUGCCCUGGCCCCUGGUGCUGGGACUCUGGCAGCGGCCGUUUGGAAAAGACAGAAGGGGGCAAGUCGGGGGGGAAGCGGGCCCCGCACCGCCUGGGCACGGAACCGUGGGCCCUGCUGCAGCCAGAGAGCCACUAGAGCCCCCCACCGUGGGGGGGUGCAGCAGCAGACACCAGCCUGGGUGCCGGAGGGAUGUAGCCUGGCCUGGGAGCUGCUGCGUGAGGACAAGGAGGGAGCCUGCCCUGCCUCCUGAGCACGGGAUCUGCCCCCGGACUCUAGCGACUGGCUCCUGUGGAGACUCGACUCGGCCCUUCCGGGAGUCGGGCACCCUGCAUGGCACUGUCCUCCAGCACCGAGCCUCCGUGACACAGCCCCCACCGCGUGCACCGUGCCCUGGCUGCCUCCUGCCCCAAUGGCAAAUGCACGGGGCGUCUGUGCCCACAGCCCUGUUGAGCCGUCCCAUCGCCUGGUGGCUCCACGCGGCUGGGCCGGGGGCUCUAUGGUGCCAGCAGGCCCCGGACGUGGUUCAGGAGCGCCCAUGCUACGGGCUCCCUCCAGACGCUGGGCCUGGUCUACGUAGCCAGCCAUGGGCAAUGGACGAGCAGCGCUGGCCCCAGGGCGUGGGCUGUGGGGGUCAGGGCUCCCCAGGCCUGGGGGCUGUACAUACCUAUAUAGAGAUCUAUACAUCCUGUACAGAGAGCGGCUAUCGAGAUAGAUCUGUCUAUAAGGCCCGUAGGCAGCAGCGCGGGCCCUGGACCGGCCUGUACAUAGUCAGAAAGUGUUGGAUUCUCCUUGUCUUCUGUGAAGACCCAACCUAUGCAAACGCACAGACACUUUUUGGGGCACAAAAAAGCAACUCGCCCUUUUUUCAAGUGCUUUGGCUGGUGAUUUUCAUAUUCUGCUCUUAGUCUAUAAAAAAUAAAAGGAUAAAAAACCCA